AUGAAACCUGACAUUCAAUCAAUCGUCGACCUUAUCCAGACUGGAAAAGCCACACAGAUUGUCGUCUUGGUUGGCGCUGGUAUCAGUACCAGCGCCGGGAUCCCAGAUUUCAGAACUCCAAACACAGGCCUUUAUGAUAAGCUCGCUCCACUGCAACUCCCUUGCAAAGAGGCGAUAUUUGAUGCUCGGUAUCUCUGGGCAAAGCCUCAGCUAUUCUACACAUUGGCCCGGGCACUUCACCCGGGAAAUUUCAAACCGACUGUCAGCCAUGUGUUCCUGGCACUGCUAGCGAGAAAGAAUCUGCUUCAUCUUGUUAUCACUCAGAAUUUCGAUGAGCUUGAGGAAGAUGCAGGGGUUCCUCACAAGAUUUACUGGGCUCAUGGAAACUGGAAGAGUCAACAUUGCAUUAGGUGCAAGAAGCCACCAUAUUUCGACGAUCUCGUGGACAAAGCGAUUCUCGCUGGUGAAAUACCCCGUUGUUAUAGGUGUAACGGUCCGGUUCAGCCAGAUAUUGUAUUCUUUGGGCAAUAUUUGACUGGGUUUGAGGAGGAGGAGAGAAAGGUCCGCGAGGCGGACUUGAUGCUUGUUAUGGGAACUAGUUUACGUGUACCACCUUGCUCUACUCUGCCAACGAAAGUGGAAGAGGGGGUUCCUCGGGUUUUGAUCAACAAUGAAAAAGCAGGAGAUCUAGGUGAUCGAAACGAGGAUGUGUGCAUCCUCGGGAGUUGCGACGACGGUGUUCGUCAAUUAGCUGAUGCACUUGGGUGGGGAGAGGAUGAACGGUCUCUGGAAGGAAGCAGUUGCUGCUAA